CUUUAUAAGUAAGUUGAAUUUUGAAGAUCAACUUAACUUAUUUUUAUUAUUUCUUCUAUCCAACAAUUGUGAACAAAAAAUCCACAAAUUUGUGACUACGAGAUACCAUUCAAGUCUCCUGCCACUUCCAGGAGAUGUGGAUGUAAUUUGUGGCGUUACCCCAUGUCAGGGCAUAAGUGGAUUUAAUCUAUUCAGAAAUGUGAAAAAUCCACUAGCAGAUGAAUUUUUUUAUCAAAUGUUGGUCUACAUGGAUAUCAUUGAAUUCUUGAAGCCUUCAUACAUUCUCAUGAAGAAUGUUGUUGACCUAGUGCAAUUAUCCAAAGGAUUUCUGGCCCGAUAUCCCUUUGGUCGCUUGGUUUCCAUGGGUUAUCAAGUGAAACUCGGGAUAAUGGAAGCAGGGUCAUUCGGGCUUCCACAGUUCCGACAACGAGUCUUCUUAUGGGGUGCUAAACUAGGAAAGAAGCUUCUGCCUUAUCCACUACCGACACACGAGUGCGUUGUUAAAUAUGGUGUUCCGAAUGAGUUUGUUGUCUCCCUUGUUGCUUAUGACGAAACUGUAACACUUAAUCUGCAGAAACCUUUGUUUCUUGGUGACGCACUUAGAGACCUUACAGAGGUUUUUUUAGUUAGUCUAUUUUAUUUGUUUAUGAACAGUCAAAUAUUUUUUUCUCAUCAAAACAUUGAUAGGUUACAAAGUUAGGAAGUAUUGCUUCCACCUAUUAUUAUCCAAGUGUUGUUUUAGUACUGGAAAAAAAAAGAAAAAUUAAAGUAAAUGCUUGACGAACGUGUUAGAGAAACGUUAAUAGAUUUCUUUGACAUUUCAAUCUCUAGUAACCUGAAAAGUAAGAAGUUUAGUCAUAAAUAAAUAAUACUCUUAAUGCUCUCCCAUUGUUGUUUGAAUUGUAAACAGCUAUAUAUCGGUCUUCACUACGGUUUUAGGAAGAUCUCUAAAAAAAACUUGUUGAGAUUUUUGGAAUCUCCAUCUACAUAAAAAGUUUCACUUGCUAAAUAAACACACAUCAUUAUUAGAUUCCAAAUUUGUGUACCCCUCUAAAAUCGGGGUGCACAUUUCGGUCUUCCUGAUUGGGAGGUUAAUCGGUCAAAAUCAGAUAUUAUACUACUUUUAUUUAAAAUAUAUUUCCUAGUAUUUUCAUAACUUAUUUAACUUAAAAUCACGAAUUUCUCUCUCUUUAACAGAAUUAAAAUUCCUAGCUCUCCGUUAUCUUCUUGGUUUUUCUAAGUUCUUCCCGAUCUGUUUUACUUUCAUGUCUUCUUCUCUGCCAGAUAUCCCUUUCUUGUUGUAGUGAUUGAAAUUGGUGGCAAAGAGAUUCACAAUUCAAGCAUUUCUAUUAGGAAUUAGGAAUCCGGGACAAUAUUUUUAAUUUUGUGUUGGAUUGCUACCGGGGUGUAUUUUUAUUUUAAUUUAGGGAAGAAGUUAUGAUGGGGAAGAUGAGCUUUGUGAAAUCUAGCAUGAAGAAUGGAUUUUCUUGAAUUUAGAUAAAUCAAUAAUCUUACAUUGUAAAUUCAUAUUGGGGCAAAAAAAAAAAAACUAACUAAAAACUCUUCCUUUGUUGUAUUAAUGUGUCUACUUGGAAAUCAAUGUGAUGAAAUUUAACUUUUCAA